CUGGGAAUACCAAGAUGGAGAACAAGCGGAAAGCUUCCCAAGGAGGCGCUGGCGUGGGUGAGCCCACUUUGUCACAGCGGAAGAAGCCCCGUGGAGGAGAUUGGGAAGAGGAUGGGCCCUCCCAGUUUGAAGAGGAGCUGGCUUUUCUGGAUGAGAUGGAGGCCGAGAUCGCUCUGGAGGCGAAGGAAGCCCAGGGGACGUCUGAUGCCAUCCCUCUAGGUAAUCUCAUCUCGUCAGUGCGGAAUCCCAAGUGGCAGAGGCCGCUGCUUCCCAAAAUAAACCCCAAGGAGGAUGCUUUGUGUUUCCAGCAAGUAGAAAUGGAUUAUUAUGUGGGUUCUCACGUGCCUGGAUUCCCAGGAUCCACCCAGGGUCCAGUUCCGGUGCUGCGGAUGUUCGGCGUCACCAUGACCGGCAACAGCAUCUGCUGCCACAUCCAUGGCUUUGCCCCUUACUUCUAUGUGCCUGCCCCGACUGGUUUCCAAGUGGUGCACCUGUCUGAUUUCCAGCGGGAGCUGAAUGCAGCUGUCCUUCGGGACAUGCGGUCUAACAAGGAUGGUUUGAGUCAGGCUGUCCUAGCGGUGGAAAUCUGCAACAAGCAAAACAUGUACGGCUACCAUGGGCAACAUCUCUUACCCUUCCUGAAAAUCACAAUGGCAAUGCCCCGGCUGAUUGCACCAGCCAAGAGGCUGCUGGAACAGGGACUGCGGUGUGGAACAUUGGGAACACACAACUAUCAAGCCUACGAGUCCAAUAUUGACUUCGAGAUCAGGUUCAUGGUGGACCGGGAUGUCGUUGGCUGCAACUGGAUUGAGUUGCCGGCUGGCAAAUACCGCUUGAGGCAGGAACAAUCUGCUGGAGAAUCCAACAAGGAGAAUCCACCCAAGGUAUCACGCUGUCAGCUGGAGGCUGAUGUGGCCUGGAUGGAUUUCGUUAGCCACCCACCCGAAGGAGAGUGGCAGUGUAUCGCCCCCUUGCGCAUACUUAGCUUUGACAUUGAGUGUGCCGGACGCAAAGGUAUUUUUCCUGAACCGGAAAAGGACCCGGUGAUCCAGAUUGCCAACAUGGUCCUGCGCCAGGGGGAGAAGGACCCCUUUGUGCGCAACGUCUUCACCUUGCAGAGCUGCGCCCCUAUCGUGGGCUCCCAGGUGCUCUGUUUCUCCAAAGAGGAGGAGCUGCUGAAGACCUGGGCUGAAUUCAUACGAAUUGUGGACCCUGACAUAAUCACCGGUUACAACAUCCAGAACUUUGACCUUCCCUAUCUCAUUACCCGUGCCCAAACCCUCAAGGUCUCCACGUUCCCCUUCCUGGGUCGCAUCCCUGCCCGCAAGUCCGUCAUCCGCGACUCUUCCUUCCAGUCCAAGCAGAUGGGCCGGCGGGAGAACAAAGUCAUUAACAUGGAAGGCCGGAUCCAGUUUGAUCUGCUUCAGGUUCUGCUGCGGGAUUACAAAUUGCGCUCUUACACGUUGAACGCCGUCAGCUACCACUUCCUGCAGGAGCAGAAGGAAGACGUGCAGCACUCCAUCAUCACAGACCUGCAGAACGGUUCAGACCAGUCACGGCGGCGGCUGGCCGUGUACUGCCUCAAGGACGCCUACCUGCCCCUGCGGCUCUUGGAGAAGCUCAUGUGCAUCAUCAACUACAUGGAGAUGGCCAGAGUCACCGGCGUCCCUCUCAGCUACCUCCUGGCACGGGGCCAGCAGAUUAAAGUUGUCUCUCAACUCCUGAGACAGGCCAUGAAACAGGAUCUGGUGAUGCCGGUGGUGAAGUCGGAAGCUGGGGAAGACUACGCUGGCGCGACCGUCAUCGAGCCCCUGAAGGGCUAUUACGACGUGCCCAUCGCUACGUUGGACUUCUCAUCCUUGUACCCUUCGAUCAUGAUGGCUCACAACCUGUGCUAUACCACGCUGCUGCAACAGGGGGCGGUAGAGCGCUAUGAGCUGUCUCCGGAGCAGUUCAUCCGCACCCCGACCAGUGACCAAUUUGUGAAAGCGUCUGUUCGCAAAGGCCUGCUGCCUGAAAUCCUGGAGAACUUGCUGGCUGCCCGCAAGAGGGCCAAGGGAGAGCUUCAGCGGGAGACCGAUCCGUUCAAGCGCCAGGUAUUAGAUGGGCGGCAGCUGGCCCUGAAGGUCAGCGCCAACUCCGUUUACGGCUUCACCGGCGCCCAAGUGGGCAAGCUGCCCUGCCUCGAGAUCUCUCAGAGCGUGACUGGAUUUGGACGUCAGAUGAUCGAGAAGACGAAGCAGCUGGUAGAGUCCAAAUACACCAUUGCCAAUGGCUACAGCGCUGAUGCCAAGGUGGUGUACGGGGACACAGACUCGGUGAUGUGCCGUCUGGGUGUGCCGUCGGUCGCCGAAGCCAUGGAAAUAGGCAGGGAAGCGGCUGCCUGGGUCUCCAGCCAUUUCAUACCCCCCAUCAAGCUGGAGUUUGAGAAGGUGUACUUUCCCUACCUCCUCAUCAACAAAAAGCGUUACGCCGGCCUGUACUUUUCAUCCAGCCCCGACACGCACGACAAGAUGGAUUGCAAGGGCAUCGAAACCGUGCGCCGUGACAACUGCCCCCUAGUGGCGAACCUCAUCAACACCUGUCUGCAGAAGCUGCUCAUAGAUCGAGACCCUGCGGGUGCCGUGGACCACGCCAAGGAGGUCAUCUCUGACCUGCUGUGUAACAGAGUCGACAUCUCGCAGCUGGUGAUUACCAAGGAGCUGACCCGCACGGCAGAUGAGUACGCAGGGCGGCAGGCCCACGUGGAGCUGGCCGAGCGGAUGCGUCGGCGGGACCCUGGCAGCGCACCCAACUUGGGGGAUCGAGUGCCUUACGUUAUUAUCGGUGCUGCCAAAGGAGUUGCGGCUUACAUGAAAUCUGAGGAUCCGAUCUACGUGUUGGAGAACAACCUGCCCAUUGAUACCCAGUACUACCUGGAGCAGCAGCUGGCCAAGCCGCUCCUACGCAUCUUUGACCCCAUCUUGGGAGAGACGAAGGCGCAAAACGUUCUGCUGAAGGGGGACCACACCCGCUGCAAGACUGUGCUGACGGCCAAAGUUGGGGGGCUCAUGGCUUUCGCCACCAAGCGAAGCACCUGCAUCGGCUGCCGGGCGGUGCUCAGCCACCACGGUGCUGUCUGCAAAUUCUGCUUAGGCCGCCAGUCUGAGCUCUACCAGAAGGAGGUCGCCCAUCUGAGCUCCCUGGAAGAGAAGUUCUCGCGCUUAUGGACGCAGUGCCAACGCUGCCAGGGCAGCCUGCACGAGGACGUGUUGUGUACCAGCCGCGACUGCCCCAUCUUCUACAUGCGGAAGAAAGUGCAGAAGGACCUCGACGAUCAAGAAGCGAUGAUCUCACGCUUCGGCCCCCCGACGUGGUGAUGCUUCCUCUGCCUCUUUUGGGAAUGGACUGAAGCUCUCC